UGCAAUGUUUUGUAAUCGUAUUUAUCAAAUGGUUUAAACUUAUUUUUAUAAAUUAGAAAUGCUGCGAAGAGUGCAGUGUUUGAUCCGGUUGCAUAGCAAUGGACGUCCGGCACUCCAGUUUAGAAGCUUCGCUACGGAUGGGUCCAACACCAAACAAAAUCCCAAUCCCAAUCCCAAGGCUCAAAAACAGGGAAGCAAAAACCUGCCGGCUGUGAGGAAUCCCUUUGCCACAGCUCAAGACAGAACCAAGGACUCGUAUCUCACCAUGGUCGAAAUCUUUAACGAGCGCGACGUUCACCGACGCAACCAUGUGGAGUUUAUCUACGCCGCGCUUAAGAACAUGGCAGACUUUGGAGUUGAGCGUGAUCUGGAGGUUUAUAAGGCUUUGAUCAACGUGAUGCCCAAGGGAAAGUUCAUCCCCACCAAUCUGUUCCAAGCUGAAUUCAUGCACUAUCCCAAGCAGCAGCAGUGCAUCAUUGAUCUCCUUGAACAAAUGGAGGACCUGGGUGUAAUGCCGGAUUACGAGAUGGAAGCAAUGCUGCUGAACGUCUUCGGCCGACAAGGGCAUCCCUUGCGCAAGUACUGGCGUAUGAUGUACUGGAUGCCCAAGUUUAAGAACCUGUCCCCAUGGCCUCUGCCUGAUCCAGUUCCCGAUGAUACCCUAGAGAUCGCACGCCUGGCGGUGGAGCGUAUGUGCACGGUGGACUUGCGAUCAAAAGUUACAGUUUUCGAGACCAAGGAGCUGAAAGAUUCUAUAGACGACACAUGGAUUGUAAGCGGAAUGAGUGCUGAGCAGGAGAAGCUCUUGAGGGAGCACUCCCGUCAGAAGGCCCUGUACAUAGAGGGACCUUUCCAUAUAUGGCUCAGAAACCGUCGGAUAAACUACUUCACCCUGCGCGCCGAUCCGGACACCGAGUUCCUGGCCCAGUUGGAUGAGCGACAGCUGGACGAUGAUGAUGUGUCAAAUAUUGAAGUUCCGUUCUUUGGAAGAGCUCCACCACGGCGUCACAACCAGUUGGGCAAACUGCGUUCGGUCCAUCAGCAAGAUGAUGGCACUAUUCUGGCUAUCUGCGCCACUGGCACCUCCACCAAGGACUCUCUACUCUCGUGGAUUCGGUUUUUGGAGGCCAACGGUAAUCCCUCCAUUGGCGAGGUGCCCGUGCUCUUCCGGUUUACAUCAACGAUGCCCGCCAAAGCCAAGGAGAUCGAGGGCUCUGCCAGUGUGCCGGCCACAAAUGAUAGCCGAAGUAGGGAAAAUGGACAAAGUAGAAGUGAAUAAAUCAAUUGUUGAAGAAA